CUCCCAUCUCUCGCCAAAACCCUAGGUAACCCCUCGCCCUCGAAACCCUAAGCACCGAUGGGAGGUUCGCGGCGCAAGCUCAGGCGCUCCCGCACCAAGGUGCGCGUGGGAUUGCCGCGCAAGAAGCCGCGCGAGUUCAAGCCGGCCUUCGACCUUCCCGAGGCGCUCGCCGCUGCCGCCGCCGCAGAUGGCGGCGGCCAUGUUCCCAGCUGGGACGCGGAAGGUAGCGUGGUGAAGAACUACGCGGCCUUCGGAGUGGUGGCCAAUCCUAACCUGCUCGGCGCCCACUCCCGCGGCACACCGCACCUCGUCCAGAGCGCCCCGCUGCAGGCGCCCGAUGUCGCCGCCGCGCGCGCCCCCGUCGACGAGUUCGAGCCCGUCGACACCGGCAGUGAUCUCGAAUGCGACGAUCUAAAAUCUGCUCUUGGGAAGAGAAGGAGGGAUGGCAAGUCUGCACCGUUGGAGCCACUGACUAAAAUUCAGCGUAUUUGCAUUGGCAGAUUAAUAGAGAAGUAUGGUGAUAACUACAAGGCCAUGUUCAUGGAUACCAAACUGAACUCUAUGCAGCAAUCGGUGGGUACAUUGAAGAAGCUCUGCGAAAGAUACCAUGUUGGUGGCAAGACUAUCCUCUAUCCAAUGUAGUGCCACACGGAAAUGUAGAUUUCACUUUCAUUCUGUACCCUGCCUCUCCCACUAAUGGGACAUGAAAAUUUUGCCUGUGAGCAAUGUAACUUGCUGUUAACUUCAGUAUAUCAAUGAGCUUUCUUGUCGGAGUGCUAGUAUGUUGCCAUGCAUUAUUUUCCUCGAACAAUAUGGAGGUUGCAACUGGUUA